UUUUUAUUUCUCUAAACAAUUCUAAUAAAUCAUUGAUGUCAGAACAAAAUUCAUAAAAUGCAGGAACAGAAAGUAUGAUUUGAUAUUAUUUAGUUGAACACCGAUUACAACAAGAAAUUAUUACAAAUACUAAUGCAUAAUAAUUUCCUCAUUAACCAAAUUUUUCGUAAACCACUUCUUAAUAAACAGAAUUACCUUAAGGAAGCGAAACCGUAAAAUAAAAUAGAUGUAUUAUCUUAUUAAUCAUUACAGAAAUUUAAAUAAUGAAUUUUUCAAAUUAAAACAUUAAUUAGCAAGGAUCUCUAGCAUAUAGAGAUAUAUCAGAUUUUAAUAUGUCAAAGGAUGAAGAUUAUAAUUAAAAAAAACCUUAAACCUAGGAAGUAAAUAUAAUUAAAGAGGAGGAAUAAAAUAAUUAUACUGAUGAAGAAUAAAAUGUAUUUUUUUAUUAUAUUGAAGCUUCUUGAAAUGCUUCCUAAUUUUCAAUCAAUAGUGAAACCUCUUACUUAUGAUGAAUUGAAUAGAAAGUGUCAAAAUCUGGAAAAUGAACUUUUAUCAACUAAAUCAAAUUUAAGUAAAAUAAUAAGUAUUAUGAUUCUUACAUAUAGAAUAGAAUAUUGAUUAUUAGGAUAAAAUUAAAAAUGUUGAUGAAUUAGAAAGAAAAGCAAUUGAGGCAAUUGAUUAGAAAAUUUAAGAAAUUGAAGUUUUUAAGGAAAAAAAUUAAAAAUAUGAAUUUCAAAUACAAUAGUUUCAAAAAAAGAAUUUUGAGUAGGAAUAAUGUAUUUCAUAAUUACUAGAAAAAAUAAAUUUGAUUUAAAUUUAACUAAAAGAAUAAACCUAACAAAUUACUUCAUUAAAAUAGCAACUCUAAGAAUAAAAAACAAAAUUUCAAUAGGAGCUUUAAAAUAACUAAUUUUAAUAUGAAAUGAGUUUAUGUAAUCUUUUAUUAUGAUUUAGAAUUGC